AUGGAAGAACUCCCCAUCAUCCAUCCCUCAACCCACAGGGGCAGCCCAUCUGCCGAUCCGGAAUCCGGUUUCGAUGUCGAUUCCGAUUUCGAUUCCGAUUUCGACUCGGGGGGAUUUGCGAACUUGAAGGAGGGCGAGAGGAGGUGCCUGCGAGAAGGCGGUUUCGAUUACGGAGACGACGAGCGGAGCAAGCACUUUUACAUGGCGAACGCAAUGAGCCGACUGCAAAACGUGUAUGGAGAGAGGCUCGGUAUUUUCGAAGCCAACGAAACGGGGCUGCGGAACUCAGGGGGCCGGGCCCCGCUGCAGGGAUGUCACGGCAUAAUGACGAGCGACUCGAAAAGUUUUAUUUUUGGUUUGACUAAACAGAUCGCCAGAUCACUCGAACGCUACUGGGGCAAGUCGACGACAAAAGAGGGACAAUCUCUCAAUUCUGCGCAAUCAUCCGCGACGAUCUCGUGCCCCCGAGCCUUCGGGCUUCGCCAAAUCCUUAUUCUCCCCAUCGAGACCGCGACGAUGGUUCCAAUCCCAAAGCUUGCCGCUACAGCAACAACCUCCAGCAGCGGUCCGAAAUUCACGUACGGGAUAGCAGCGUCCUUUACAGCCAAAGAUCGCCGCUACAACCCCGACAUCAACGUAUUCACUUUCAACCCCUACAACCACAUCCGCGCCCGCAGGAAAGACAAGCGCACCCGCCCGGAUAGUGGCCAGGAUGCGUUCUUCGUCUCGCGCAUCGGCGCUUCCUCCGAUAUCGCCCUCGGCGUCGCAGACGGUGUGGGCGGCUGGGUCGACUCCGGCGUCGACCCGGCGGACUUUGCACAUGGCUUCUGCGACUACAUGGCGCACGCAGCCUACACACACGUGGCGGCUGAGUGGCCGUCCCCCUUGAGCGCGAGAAGCCUGAUGCAGCGUGGCUACGAAGAUAUCUGUAAAGACAAGACGGUUCCCGCGGGGGGGAGUACGGCCUGUGUGGCUAUCGCGAGGGAGGACGGGACGCUCGAGGUGGCGAAUCUAGGCGACUCCGGCUUUGUACAGCUGAGGUUGAACGCUAUUCGUAACUACAGCGAGCCGCAGACGCAUGCGUUUAACACGCCAUAUCAGCUCAGCGUUGUGCCGGACAAGGCGCUUGCCCAAGCUGCGGCGUUUGGGGGCGAGCAGCUAUGUGAUUACCCCAAGGACGCGAAUGUCAGCCAGCACUCGCUCAAGCAUGGCGACGUGCUUGUUUUUGCGAGCGAUGGAGUUUGGGAUAACUUGACCAGCCAGGAAAUCCUGAAGACGGUGUCGCGGGUCAUGCUGCGCUCGCGGGCGUGGGAACAUACCGAGGGAGGCGUUGCGGUGGGCAAGCGCUUGAAUGAACUUAUGAUGGCGGAUGAUGUGCAAGGGGGGCCGGAGGAAAUACCGAGCCUGCAGAGCUCGCUGGCCGUGGGCAUCACGGGUGAUGCCAAGGCGGCGAGUAUGAAUACGCGGGUUGAUGGGCCGUUUGCGAAGGAGGUGCAGAAGUACUAUCCGUAUGAGAGAUGGAGAGGUGGGAAGGUAGACGAUAUUUGUGUAGUGGUGGCAAUCGUUCGCGAGGAGGGGAAGUGA